AUGGCCACGCCUACCAUCAAGCUGAACAGCGGCUAUGACAUGCCCCUGGUGGGCUUUGGUCUGUGGAAGGUCAACAACGACACCUGCGCGGACCAGGUCUACGAGGCCAUCAAGGCGGGUUACCGCUUGUUUGACGGUGCAUGCGACUAUGGCAACGAGGUUGAGGCCGGCCAGGGCGUCGCUCGCGCCAUCAAGGAAGGCAUUGUGAAGCGUGAGGACCUCUUCAUUGUGUCCAAGCUGUGGAACACGUUCCACGAGGCCGACAAGGUCGAGCCGAUCGCCCGGAAGCAGCUGGCCGACUGGGGCAUCGAUUACUUUGACCUGUAUCUCAUUCACUUCCCGAUCGCGCUGAAAUACGUCGACCCGGCCGAGAAAUACCCUCCGGGCUGGACGGGCACCAAGAAUGAGAUCGAGUUCAGCAACGCGACGAUCCAGGAGACGUGGCAGGCCAUGGAGUCCCUGGUUGACAAGAAGCUGACGCGCAGCAUCGGCAUCAGCAACUUCAGCGCCCAGCUGAUCAUGGACCUGCUGCGGUACGCGCGCAUUCGCCCGGCGACCCUGCAGAUCGAGCACCACCCGUACCUGACCCAGAAGGCGCUGGUCGAGUACGUGCAGAAGGAGGGCAUCGCUGUGACGGCGUACUCGUCCUUCGGCCCGCUGAGCUUCCUGGAGCUGGACCACAAGGAGGCCAAGGACACGCCGCUGCUGUUCGACCACUCGACCGUCAAGUCGAUUGCCGAGAAGCACGGCAAGACCCCCGCCCAGGUGCUGCUCCGCUGGGCCACCCAGCGCAACAUCGCCGUCAUCCCCAAGAGCAACAACCCGGGCCGCCUGGCGCAGAACCUGGACGUGACCGGAUGGGAUCUGGAGCCCGCCGACAUUGAAGCGUUGAGCGCGCUGGACAAGAACCUUCGAUUCAACAACCCAGUUAGCUACGGAAUGUACAUCCCGAUCUUCGCUUAG